AUGGCAAGCCUUCAAAUAAAGAGCCUGACCAAAAACUUCCAACACGCCAUUCGAAUUACGCGAGCCUUGAAGGUCAGAUAUCUCUGGAUAGACUCCUUGUGUAUUGUCCAGGACGACGAUGCAGAGUGGGAAGCUCAAUCAGCAGAUAUGGGUCUCGUAUAUGCCAAUGCAGAGUGUGUGGUCUCUGCGUCAGCGUCAAGAGAUUCCGAUGGAGGUUGUUUUAGGCCUCAGGAUCUUUUCCGCAGUGACUGCGUUUUGCGCAAAUCUUCGUUUCGAUCAAUCGAGGUCGAGGCUUCUGACGAUAAAUCCUUUGCGGCAUCACUAAAACUAUUCAAGGAUCGAGCGGAAAAUACAGUGCUGUCCACACGAGCAUGGGCGUUUCAGGAGAGAUACCUGGCUCGUCGGGUCUUACAUUUCUGUGAAGGAGUUGUAUUUUUCGAAUGCAACAACCUGAUUGUCAGAGAUGGCAUCCGUUUUUCCAGAGCAACAUAUCCACGAAGAGCUGGUGUUCGUUCUGAUGGAACUCUCUAUCCUCUAGAGGAAUGCGAAGCCGUCCGUCCGCCGUCUGAGCGAUCCAGAAUGGCACAGACUCGAACAAGACGCGGUCGUUUCAGGAUGGCUUUCAGCCAGCCGCCACCAGAAAACCCACAGGACACUGCCCGGCUGGAUCUGUUGAGCAGAAUGCUCGCUCUGUCGGCUCGAAGUGGCAUGCGAGGCGCGUUUGAACUCUUAUGGCGAUUCAAAGGUACAGAAAACGCAGAAAAGGUCGAAUUUCACCAGAGCUGGUACGAAAUCGUGGAACAAUACUCGACGCGCAAGCUCACACGGGAAUCUGACAAACUGAAAGCUAUGAGUGGGAUAGCCUAUUUUAUUCAGAAAAACACGGCCUUUCGAUAUGCAGCCGGGUUAUGGAAAGGGAUGCUGGCCUUCAACCUUCUGUGGGUGGUUUCAAGUUCCCCAGAAGAGAGGCCUGCGCGGAAUAUCCCUAGCUGGUCAUGGGGAUCAGUAAAUGGCCGGAUCUCCCAUCGCCUUCAAUUCCCGGAGCCAACGGAGCAACUGGAAGGCACAAAUGGUACAUCGCAACCCUUUCGAUUCCAAAGCACCUGGCGAGAAAUCACACCCCUCAUAUCUGAAGGAGAAAUGGAAGUCAUAGAACAGAGGAGCGACUUGGUGCUCAGUGCCCGACUUUCAGUGCACGGCCACCUCCACGCUUCCACAUCGCUUCAAGUCAAUAUCAUCCACGACGCCAUCUUGCCUAGUGCCUCCACCACCUCCGGCCAGCUGUUUUACUUACCUGUCCUGGCCUUCAAGAACGACAAGGUCCACCCCGUUGGGAGCGUCAUGCAAAUACAUGGUCUUGUGGUAAGGUCCAAAUUGAAUGUUCGAUGCACGUACGAAAGAGUCGGAUAUUUCUGGACCGCAAAUUGUCUUGGUUUGAAGCAGGUGCUUGAGCGGCAGCGGAACCCGACCAGCCUGGUAUAUCUCGUUUAG